CACCUAGCAGGUCAGCCUCGGAUAUUACCUUGCGGUAGUUAGACUGUAGGGAGCCUUCGUACGAGGUUGGGUUGCGGUGUGCAGGCAGGGGUGGGGGCCUUCACAAACAUCGCAGAUGUUCAGAGCGGUCAAGAAGUUGCCCUCAUUGGCGUUGGCGGUGUCGGACAAAGUGCUAUAAUGGCAGCGACUAUGCGGGAAUGUAAAACCAUCAUAGCCAUUGAUCGCACUGAUUCUCGCCUAGGAUUGGCAAAGUCCAUUGGUGCGACACAUACGAUCAACACAUUCGAUCCCACAAUCGAUAUUGUGGCGGAAGUGCUCAAGAUCACAGAAGGCAGGGGAGUCCACACGUCGUUAGAUACGACGGGAGUCGAGUUGCUGGCAAGGCAAUCGUGGCAGUUCGUUCGUCGUCACGGUAAGAUCCUUCAGGUUGGCAUUGCAAGCCCAGAAGCCACGUGGGGAGUGUCAAUGGCAGACCAUAUGAACUCCGGGAAACAGAUCAUUGGCGUGCAGGGAGAUUCUAAAAGUUGAACUGGCAUACUCGACUACCAGAAGUUGUAAGCACUCGAUAGUGUUGUUGACUUGAUUGCUUGAUUGGCAACUAACUAAGAGUGCUACGAGAAAGGUGUAUGCCUCGAAGUGCCAAAAUGUGUCACGCUAGUCCUAAUCGGGACGGGAAGGCAGUGACACCGCCUGACUUGCAUGUGCGGUACCAUGUGCGGUACAAUGAGCACUGUCAACAUUAUCAAGGCCGAGAACUCCUGCGCCUAGAUAUCCCGAUUGGUCCUGCUUUGGGUGCUAGAACCACAAACCAACGCGAGCGGAUCGCAGCUUCGGUUCGAUCAGGGAAUUGAUCAAAGAUUCACGACCAUGGCUUGCCAAGACGACUCCAUUUGGUCAAUUUGUCGUCCUCCUCAGUCGUCCAGUCGCCGCGUUUCGUCCCUCGG